GCCAACGAACAACCGGAGGGAUAUACUUUCAGGCUAUUUCUAGCUUCUUACCGUCGACGGCCGUUUGCCCCAUUACCGACAGGAUGUCCAGUGAGGUGCAGCAGAGGCCGGAUGACAGUCCCAACACGAGCGGGGGCAGCUCAGACGUGGAGCAGAGGGAGACCCCCCCCUCCGACCAGCCCCAGGAGAGGGACCGAGAGCAGUCUCAGCCCAGAAAGAAGGAGGCAAAGAUCUCCAGCAAGACCGCAGCUAAACUCUCCACCAGCGCCAAGAGGAUUCAGAAGGAGUUGGCUGAGAUAACCCUCGACCCACCUCCAAACUGCAGUGCUGGGCCUAAAGGAGACAAUAUCUAUGAGUGGAGGUCGACCAUUCUCGGCCCCCCGGGCUCUGUGUAUGAGGGUGGGGUCUUCUUCCUCGACAUCGCUUUCACACCAGACUACCCCUUCAAACCUCCCAAGGUGACGUUCCGUACGAGAAUCUACCACUGCAACAUCAACAGUCAGGGUGUUAUCUGUUUGGACAUCCUGAAGGACAACUGGAGCCCCGCCCUCACUAUCUCCAAGGUGCUGCUGUCAAUCUGCUCCCUCCUCACAGACUGCAACCCUGCGGAUCCUUUGGUGGGGAGUAUUGCCACGCAGUACCUGACCAACAGAGCUGAACACGACAGGAUAGCCAAACAGUGGACCAAACGCUACGCUACAUAG